AUGGCUCUGCGUGAAGUGCCCACCACGAACGGUGUGGCACCUAGCGCUCUCAUCCACGAUUACCCCAAUCCUUUCAAGAUCGUCAUCGUCGGAGCUGGCAUAGGUGGUCUGUCGGCAGCAAUUGCUCUCCGCCGUCAAGGUCACAAAGUCGACCUUUAUGAGCAAUCGAAAUUCUCCAGUGAAACUGGGGCUGCCGUCCACCUGGCGCCCAACGCUAAUGGUAUCCUCCGUCGUUGGGGCGUUUUUGCCGAGAGAUUCGGCGCCGUCGAAAUGAAGAGGUUGGUAGAGCUUGCGCCUGGGGGCGGCAUUGUGAGGGAUGUUGAUUUAACGGUUACAAACAAGAUGUGGCAGCAUCCCUGGCAGCUGGUCCAUCGAGUCGCACUCCAUGAAAAGCUCAGGGAUGUGGCAACAACCCAAAACGCACCUGGUAGUCCUGCUACCCUGAAAACCUCCAGCAAGGUGGUCGACAUCGAUGCCGAGGCAGGCAAGGUGACCCUUGAGGAUGGUACAUCGAUCACAGCAGAUAUUAUUGUUGGAGCGGACGGCAUCUACUCGAGGACGAGGAAGUUCGUCCAUGACGAAAAGCUCUUCCCCUCUGGCAAGGCAGCCUUUCGCUUUCUUUUGGACCGCAAGGUUGCUCUCGCAGACCCAGUGACGGCACCCUUGGUAGAGAAGCUGGAUACCCUCACCAUGUGGUACGGGUCCGACAGAAGGAUGGUCAUGUAUCCGUGCAACGACAACAAGACGUUAAAUUUCGUCUUGAUACACCCCGAUACCGAGACCCAUGCCAAGUCGAGCGACGGCUGGAACAAGCAGGGUUCUCUCGAACAGAUCCUGAAGAUAUAUGAAGACUUCGAGCCUGCGGUGAAGAAACUCAUCAGCAAGGUCGAUCCCAUGGAACUGAAAGUAUGGCAACUGUUGGAUAUGGAAAAACUGCCGUCAUGGACAAAGGGCAAGCUAUGCCUUAUUGGAGAUGCUGCCCAUCCCUUCAUGCCACAUCAGGGGCAAGGCGCUGGUCAGGCAAUGGAGGAUGCUGCGGCAUUGGCCACUGUCCUACCCAAAGGAACCGCCCCCAGCGAUAUUCCAGAACGCUUAAAGCUUUACGAAAAGGUCAGAUACGAUAGAGCUCACACCGUGCAAGAAUUCUCGAGACAAGCGGGACGAGACUGGGUUAAUGGGAAGCCGCAGAUUGAGAUGACGACUUACACAAGUUUCAACUUCGGUCACGACGAGAUCGAUAACUCUGCCAAUGUCUUCAAGAGAUGGCUUUGGUCACAGAAGAAAAACAUGUACUGGAGAAUGCCCAUUGGGUUCGGGCCGUUUCCGGGUCCACGGCAAGACGCCUUCGGCCGUCCUCGAGCUGGACAGAGCGAACGUACGUUCCAAACCGCUUCAAUCAAGUUCAAGACUUCUAGAACUUAUCUCGAAUCGAUCCUACCCACUGAGUCAUUCAAUUUCAAGAGUCCGGCCACGGUGUGUACAGCUAGCAUAUCUGUCACAAGUCUGGGCAAUAUGUCCUGGCUUGGAGGCGGAGGCUACGACCACUGCGGUCUCUACAUCCACGGCGUCCAGUACACAAGGAAAGACGGGUCGACCAUCAACGGCACGUACCUGCCAGUUCUAUUUGAAAGCCUGAACGACCCCAUUAUUUCGGGUCGCGACGAACUGGGCAUGAACAAGCUUUACUGCCAGAUCGACAUCGACCGCACCGCCAACUCCUACCGUGCCCGCUGCUCCUGGCGCGGGGCGGAGUUCCUCGACCUCGAGCUGCAGAACCUGACGGCAGACAACCCCAAGUCGGAGGCUGGUACGAUAGGGGGCGAGAAUGACUAUGGUAUCUUGACCUACAAGUACAUCCCCGCUGUGGGCGAACCCGGGAAGGCGGAUGUUGAAUACGCGUGUGUGGUCCCGCACGAGGAAGAAGCGAAAGUAGCCCCUGCUACUGUCAAGUCUGUGGCCAGGUCAGACAAGGCGAGCAUAAGGUUCGAUGCUGGGGACUGGGACACCCUGCCGACGCUGCACCAUAUCACUUCGAGUCUGGCUGGCAUCCCCAUUUACGAGAUUAUCAGCGCCAAGAUAGUGCAGGGCUUGGGGGUGCCGGAUGUGUCGUCUUGCAGACGGACAGAGUGA